GCAGAUCUGGGGGGUAGGGGAGAGGGUGUUACGGUAUUUGGACAUGGCUUUGACCACAGCGAUUACAAAUCGCAAAGUCAAAGAAAAAUGCGCCCACAUCGCUGCUAUUUCUGUUUUUGGCUGCGCGUAGUUUGCUGGGACGCGAAUUGGUCGGCCAAAGGGCGUUUUUGUUCAGUGAGGACACCCAAAAAAACGCCUCCCUUCCGCUUUCUCCAAACGCUGGGUGCUCUGCGGAGAAGUGCGGUUAACCUUUAACUUACAACUCGACUCCCAGAAGCUUGUCCUCUCAACUGCUGACCACCACGACACCGAAAAGAUGGCUGCGGCUCCUCAGAUCCCCGAGAUUAUCCGCAUUAAACGGGACGGCGGUGUCCUGAAGGACGCGGACAUCGAGUUCUUUGUUCAAGGAGUGGCGAAGGGGACCAUACAGGAGAGCCAAAUCGGAGCGAUGCUCAUGGCGAUACGGCUGCAAGGGAUGAACCCGAGUGAGACCGCGGUGCUGACGCGCGCCAUGCUGAGCUCAGGGGAACGCCUGCCGUGGCCCAAGGAGUGGCACGGGCUGGUGGUGGACAAACAUUCCACCGGUGGGGUCGGUGACAAAGUGAGCCUGUCCCUCGCGCCGGCGCUCGCCGCCUGCGGAUGCAAGGUGCCGAUGAUCAGCGGGCGAGGGCUUGCUCACACGGGGGGCACGCUUGACAAGCUCGAGUCCAUCCCAGGGUUCUGUGUGCAGCAGAGUCAGCAACAGAUUCUGCAUAUCUUGGAGACGGUGGGCUGCUGCAUUGUGGGGCAGACAGAGAGUCUGGUUCCUGCAGACAGAGUACUGUACGGGAUCCGUGAUGUGACAUCAACAGUGGACAGCAUCCCACUCGUGACUGGAUCUAUAAUUUCUAAAAAAGCAUGCGAGAACCUAUCUGCCUUGGUCCUGGAUGUGAAAUUUGGAAAAGCUGCUUUCUACAAGAGUGAAGCUUCCGCUCGGGAACUUGCCAUAUCAAUGGUCGAGGUGGGGACACAAUGUGGUAUUCGCACAAUUGCCGUGCUGAGUAAGAUGGAUAAUCCCAUCGGACUCCGGGUUGGCAAUUCCCUGGAGGUGAUGGAGUCUGUGGAAUGCAUGCAGGGCAAAGGUCCAGCUGAUUUGGUACAACUGGUCACCAAGCAAGGUGGCCUGCUGCUGAACGCGAUCGGCAAGGUGGGGUCGGCUGAAGAGGGCGAGGAACAGAUCAGGAGCGUGCUGCUCGAUGGCUCUGCCCUGGCCAAGUUCGAGGCGAUGUUGACGGCGCAGGGUGUCGAGGCAGGCGUCGCUCGCAGGCUUUGCAGGGAUUCUGAUUUUUCUGGGACAAUGAAGCCAGCCAAGUACUCCACGUAUUUGUCAGUGGAUCAAGAUGGGUUUGUCCAAUCGAUAGAUGCAAUGGCCUUGGCCAUAGUUUUGCAGAAGCUGGGAGUGGGACGUAGUCAGGUGGGCGACCCGGUAAACCACAGCGUCGGCGUCCAGAUCCUCGCUCCCGUCGGACACCGCCUCACCCGAGGUGAGAAGUGGAUUCGUGUGUUUCACGAGGAGGCAGAGCUUGCAGGCGAGCACGUUGCUGCUCUACAGGAGUCAUUGGACAUCGGACCCGUCCCUUGUGCUCCUAUCACACUCAUCACUGACAUCAUUUCAGCAUCGUCAUGAGGCUGAGAGCAGGUGGCAGGAGGUGGUCUUGCUUAGCUGGGUCUAUAUUGUUUUGCUAUGCAGCCUAUGGCAUUAAAUAUGGCUUUGAACGAAUUUUUCGAAAAUUAUGCCCUUUAUAUACUGUUGGAGAAGCGAAGGGGGUGCCUGCGGCAGUGGAGAUCUCACUUGCCACUGAUGUUAACCGUGGCUUUGAAUGGAACUUAAGUCACCAGGGUCAUAGAGCAGUGCAUUAACCACAGUGUGCUACCACUCCACUCCCGUAAAGUUUUUAUUACCGUCUAAUGUACUGGACAAUCUUAUUGACAUACCUCAGAGUGGUCAAGGUAGAGUUGUAAGAUUUAUAAAGUCACAGGUGACAUGUUUAUAUGGUUUAUAUGGGUGGUACAAGCAUUGUAGCAGAUGAUGAUGAUGAUGAUGUAUAAACACUGCAUUGAGUUAAAAAUUUACUUUCACCACACAUUACCGCAGGCAUCUUCAGAGCAGCUUCUUCAGAGAAGAUGCCCGCAGGAGUGCAUAGUGAAAGCUCGGGAGAUAUAAUGCUCGACAUGCAGCGGCUCAACGUGGAAGAACACUACACUUGAAUUAUGAGUGACUGUGAAAAAACCUAUGUGCUAAUCAUACAUGUUAAUCAUUUAAGACUGCCAUGGGUGGUGAUCUCACCACACCUACAUUUACAAUGAGAUUCCACUGCCAACAAUGAUUCCCUUUUACGAGGUAUGAUCGAAUAUAUAUAUGACAGUGAAAUAAAGCUGUAACUUAUAACGUGAAUGACUUUGUUGUGUAUUUACCACACAAGGAAGACACUUCAAGAGUAACCUUGCUUUGUCGAUGUGACAUGCUAGUCAACAAUAUUGUUCUAAAAAAAAAGUUAACUUCGCCUUUCCACUUCAAUGUUCAAAAGUGGGAUGUGGGCCUGUCCGUAAAAUCCGUAACGGAUGCAACAGUUUGUGUAAAUUGCUCUUGGUCAGGUUAAAGAGCAAAAUACUUUUACACUCAAGAGAAAAUGAUUGAGUGAUGUAACAACAGUAUAUGAUAGUUGUUGAAAAAUGAGACGAACAUAUAUACCAAGUACAUAUACUUAUAAGAACCACAUUAAAUAUUCAACACAUUCAGAUUUUUUAAAAAUCUAUUCUUCAUAUAAUUGUUUAAAUUCAUAAAGCGCGUUUAAACAACCGUUCUCAGUGCGCUAUUGUCUCUGAAGCAUUUGAAUACCUCCAUAAAUACGAUUUAUUUCCGCUCAUUCAGGUUCCUCUGCAUUACCUCAUUCAGCUCAUCAUCGUCAAAAUGCUUUCCACGCAAAUGCUCCUUCCAUUUUGGGUAACGGGUGAGAGCCACUGGAUACCAAGCCUGGAGAAGGGGCAGGAUGCAGGAGUUCCUUAAACGUGGAAUUCCUUGACACCAUCCUUUGUAAAUCUUGGCAGUGUGAACUGGAGCACUGUCAUGCAGAACCAAGGGUGUAUGUCUUGUCUUUCCACAGCCCUUUGACUCAUGUGUAUCAUAUGAAACGCAUAUUGCCUACAUAGUGCUUCGACUAGAUUUUUUGUGGCUGCCGUUGAGGCUCUGAUUCUCAAUGUUUUAUUCCAGAUCUAACCACCAGUAAUAAAUUGCCUCUUUAA